AUGACGACGCUUCGAAGAUUUUGCUGCGACGAUCUCCUCCGAUUCGCAUCAGUGAAUCUCGAUCACCUCACUGAAACUUUUAACAUGUCAUUCUAUAUGACAUACUUGGCGCGGUGGCCCGAUUAUUUCCAUGUGGCUGAAGCUCCCGGCAACCGUAUCAUGGGUUACAUCAUGGGAAAAGUCGAAGGACAAGGGGAGUCAUGGCAUGGUCAUGUCACUGCAGUAACUGUAGCUCCUGAAUUUCGCAGGCAACAAUUGGCCAAGAAACUCAUGAACCUGCUUGAGGACAUCAGUGACAAGAUUGACAAGGCUUAUUUUGUCGAUCUUUUCGUAAGAGCUUCAAAUACACCUGCUAUCAAGAUGUAUGAAAAGCUUGGCUAUAUAGUUUAUAGACGGGUACUACGCUAUUACUCUGGAGAAGAGGAUGGGUUGGAUAUGAGGAAAGCUUUAUCUCGGGACGUAGAAAAGAAGUCUGUUAUUCCUCUCAAGCGGCCAAUUACUCCGGACGAGUUGGAAUAUGAUUAA